AUGUCGUGCGCCUUGGAAUUACUCCCAAAUGAACUACUGGACCAGAUCAUCUUUUAUUUGAAUUCAGAACCACCUUCGAUAGAACGAAUCCAUCAAGUCCCAUGUCGUCAAAUUACCCAGUCAGAGAAGAAAGAUCUUAAGCAUCUUGCGCAAUGCUCGUACCACCUACUGGAUCUUGUGCGACCUCGGCUAUUCGUCCAUGCCUGUCUGGACUUGAACGAUGAGUUAGCCUUCCAAGCCUUUAUUCUGGGCUCGGAUCUGGCUCGCUAUGUAACCUCUCUCGUGGCGAUCAUAGAACAUGCAUCACUUGAUCCGGUCGAUCAUCGUUGGUGGCGUCGGAUUCUCCGUUAUCUAAACCCGACUCGUGUUACCGUGCUAGCGCCACCAACCUUUAUUGGAAACAUGCUUAAUACUCGUAUAAUGGAUGGCCAUAGUUGGGCAUUCGAUAUCAAGCUGCAGUUACUACAAUUAGAACAACAAAGCGCAUCCGAUAUAGCUUCUCUACCCGAUUUGGACGACUCGGAUAGCCUGCUUUUGGCCCGCCCGUGGACAUCCAUGAGCUUUAACGAAUCAUCAUCCCUAAGAGCAUAUAAUCAUUAUGAAUAUUUCCUCUCUCGGGUGCCUUCUGUUCUCGGUGAAUGGGGAUCCCAGCUAAAACCACCAGAAUUCCCACCGCAACAUCUGUCGGCCAUGUUGGGCGGGCUUACGUCUUUUUCAUAUACCGCAGUUUUCCCCUUCUACAACCAUGUGAAGCUGGUUCUGGAUAUUCUUCCCCUUAUGCCGGAACUUGAAGUGUUCAGCGUACAGCUGGCACCAAAUGCCGAUAAUCAUGUCCUGGAAAUGGAGCAGCGUGGAUCUUUGGACCCCUAUGACCCAUGGACAGAGCUGUCAACUUCUUACUCAUUGAUUGGGUUUGGGGUCCGCAACAAACAGUCUUUAAUUGAAUUCAGCAGUCGAGACUUAGCUCUUGAUGCAUUGCGAGAGGAGCUUGCUCUUGGGCUAGAAACUGACUUGGGAAAUACGAGUUGGACUCCUGAGGAGCCCGCUCAACCUAUCCUUGCUCACUCUCUGCUCCCUCACACAACACCCAUGGUAGUUAACUCCGAACACUCUGUUCAGGAAUCAACAAAAAAUGAUUGGAAGCUCGAUGAGGACUGGAAUAAAGGAAUUCAAUUGUUUGAUUCCGGGGUGUUCCGCUGUGGAUCUAUCCCUCGUUCGCUUAUGACCACACAUCUCCGGAGAAACUCUCCGUCAGCAGAGACAAACACGUUCAUCAUAUAUCCCACCAACUUUGAUGCUUUUGCCGCCAGAAACUUGUUCAAUGAUUUGCACUCUGGCCCAUCUGGCCUCUCCAAAGACGAUGCAAUCAAGCGUCUAGAUUCCGUUCAACUCCUCCCAGUGCAUAACCUGCUUCAAGCUGCUCAGGCUGUCAAGCAGGUAUCCGGAUCGCUGCAGCAAAUUCAAGAAAAAUAUCAACAAGGCCAAUCUGAGCCAGUCCAAAGCACAUCUAUCGUCCUUCUUGCUGUAGUCGGCUUGGAUACAUUAGCUGAAGGCGUUGUUCGAGCUUCAAAUCCGGCUAGAGGAGCAGCUGUGUUGGCUAGUACUUUACGUCUCUUGACACGCUUGUCCCGCACACAUUCCGACUUCCUUUCAGUCAUGCUUGUCAACACUCAUGGGCUUGGUUCUGCUUAUGUCCAAGUUGAUCAAGAGGGAUCAAAUAGACAGAAUAUUGCGGCUAGUGAAGAUACGAGAUCCGCGCGCGACGAUGGAAUUCAUUCUAUUUUUCAGAAACCGGGAACUCCUCUCCUGUCAAACCUGGCGAUGAGGACACUAGAUCAAGGAAUCGAUACGCAUAUUUUGCUUUCCGAUGUGAAAUACACCCAUGUGGCAGAAGUCAUCAAAGAUCGCAUGGGGACGGGCUUGGGAAAAUGGGGAAUCUGGUCACCCCAAAGAUGA